CAGAGUGAUCAUCUUUCUUCUCCCCCGUUGAUCCCAGUCGACUUUCGCUCUUUAAUCUUCUGACCACUUCACCGAGCGACUUAAAAUGGCCCAGCAGUUUGUGCAGACCAAAAUCAAAGGAGACAAAGUGGUGCUGUUCAUUAAGCCCACGUGCUCGUACUGCAUUAUGGCCAAAGACGUUUUGUCAAAAUACAAGUUCAAACCGGGACAUUUGGAGUACAUUGACAUUAGUGGACGCAGCGACAUGGGCAGCAUGCAAGACUAUUUCCUGGAACUUACCGGAGAACGCACGGUCCCACGGGUGUUCAUUGGUGAGGAGUGUGUUGGAGGCGGCAGCGAUGUGGCGGCACUGCAUCAGAGUGGUAAGCUGGAGGGCAUGCUGCAGUCUAUUGGAGCCCUGCAGUGACCUGCUCCAGACCUCCAGGUUUUUGGCAUCCAGGUGGGGUCACAUGACUAUGCAGCGGGACUUGCGUAGUUUGCGUCGCCGCUGCUGGUACUCGCUGAGCUCCUGCAGGUAGCCUCUGGAUGGCCAGCGUAGCCUCUCCACCUGCUCACGCUCCUCCUCUGGACCAAACACAAAAACACAUCAUAACUCUAAUCUACUGCACAACAACACAACUACGGAAUGUUUUGCUGAUAAAACCAUUACGGCAAGAUUUACUGUACUUGGCACAUACAUACUCACAUAAACACAUACAGUAGUAACUCUGUGGAUUGUUGCCAUGAACACAGCCAACAAGGCUGAAAUAUCUGAUAAGAUUUUGUUUACGCCAACAAGCAACAGAAGACCAACGGUGAUCGAUCAUGUGCUGUCUUAUUCUCUGGCCUUUGACAUCACUUGUGUCCUUCAGUUCCCGUCCAAUGACCUUAAAUGAUUCUUCUGUGUAUGAUUAAUGAUAAUAAUAAAACAUGCUACUGCUACUAACCAGA